ACUUCUUUAUUAUCAGUGGAACUGUUUAAUUGGCAUUGAUCUGCUGGUCAUGCUAAAAGAGUGAGUAUGUUCUGUCUAUGCAUCCUUUUUUAAUUGUCUGGUCAUGUUUAGGUUAUUUUGAAGCGUAUGAUUCAUUCUACAUGCUAUGUUUGAUAUCUGAAUUUAAGGAAAUAUAGCCUAUUUGUUCUGGAAACUGUAGAACAACGAAAAAUACAGCAGAAAGGGAUACUUUUUGGAAUUCAAUAUGAAAUGGCACCCUUUACAUAAGAAUUUCCUAAAGUGUAGAAUAUAUUGUGUAUUGGCUAAUUUAAGACCCUUUUGGGACAUAUGAACUUGGUCAUUGUUAUUAUGUUUUGAAAAUAUUAAUUCCAGCUCACAUAUAAAUAAAAUGGGAAUAAUUCAAUCUGAAUUGUCCUUUCUUCUCUAGGAUGCUGUGACUGUUCUUUUAGCUAGGACCACAGCUCAACUGGAAGCUGUGGAGAGAGAGCUUGCAGAGGAAAGGGUAAAACUGGAGUACACAGAAGAAGAAAUACAACAGAUGGAGCAAAAAGAGGAUCAGGGAGAAGCUGUGUCAGAGAGAAGCUGGCAAGCAGAAUCAGUUGAUAGUGGAUGUAGUAAUUGUAUGCAAUCCAGUCAUCACUUGGACUCCUAUUGUGGUGAAUCAUUGCAGAUUCCCAUGUUUGCAUCUCAAACAGAUCGGUGUAUUUCUGGAAAAAAUCUGGCUUCAACAUUAAAGGUGGACAAGGAGACUAAUACAGAAGAUCUUUUUCCUGAAGAAAUGGUUUUGUCUCAUAAAAACAGACUAGGCCGUCGCUCCCGUGGUUCUGCAUUUGUUCGUAAUAAUACUAUUGUUCGCUCACAUACAUUUUCACCUGGUGCACGAAGUCAAUAUAUUUGCAGACUAUAUCGUAGUGAUAGUGACAGUUCCACUUUGCAAAGAAAGUCACCUUUUAUACGGAAUACUUUGGAAAGGCGUACGCUGCGUUAUAAGCAGCAUUCAUGUAGAACAUCUUUGGCUGAUCUUAUGGAAAGGACUUCCCUAGACCUGGAGCUGGAUCUUCAGGCAUCAAGAACAAGGCAGAGACACUUAAAUGAGGAAUUAUCUAUUCUAAGAGAAUUGCGGCAGCGUCUGGAGGAUGCCCAGCUUAGUGGUCAAACUGAUCUGCCUCACUGGGUCAUUCGUGAUGAACGAUUCCGAAAUUUGCUGAAGGAAGCAGAAAGGCAGGUAUGGAAUCAUCUGAACAUUUAAUACAGCUUGUUUUUAUCGUUCAUACAGCAAUGAGAUAUAAAAAUCAGAUUUGUGAUGUUUAGUUUUUAUAAAUAUUUAAGAAAUUAUUGAAGAGCAAAUAUAAAUAAUUUAACAGCUUGAAGUAAUGCUCUUGUAUCAAGCACAGGAAAAACAGGUCUUAAAUUGUUUAGAGUGGUCAAUGCCUGGAAUGCACUACCUGAUUCUGUUGUUACAUCCUGUAACCCC